UAAAAGUGCAUCAACUGUACGCUAACUAGGCAUAGUUUAUUAUAGGGAGCUGAUGACAACAACCUUACAGAUAAGUACUAAACAUCAACCUCUUACAUUAUUGGAACCACUUUGAUAUUUAUUGUUAUCACUUUAAUUAUUGGAACCACUUUGAUAAUUGUAUGGAAAUAUUAUAUUUUGACAUUGGGUUAUUAGAGUCAGUCGUAAGGAUUCACAGAGAUAUACACUUGCAGUUUUAACACACCUGUCAGGACAAAAAAAAUGGACGCGUUUAAAUUAGCAACACAGCUUUGUCAGUGAACAAAAUGGCGUCCUACUGUAUGACUGUCACUCGGCUUCGGCUUGUCCUUGGAGAAGGGGCAAGGCGUCUCCAUGUUUCGGCAGCCUUCAAUGCCAAAGCCAAGGUGGCCAUGAGCCGCUUUGAGCCUGGCACCAGCAUCAGCUAUGAGAAGCUGCAUGAGAACAUCGACAUUGUGCGCAAGAGGCUCAAUCGCCCCCUCACCUUGUCGGAGAAGAUUGUGUACGGUCACCUGGAUGACCCUGUGGGGCAGGACAUUGCCAGGGGCCGCACUUACCUGCGCCUGCGUCCGGACCGUGUCGCCAUGCAAGAUGCCACGGCCCAGAUGGCCAUGCUACAGUUCAUCAGCAGCGGCCUGCCCAAGGUGGCCGUGCCCUCAACCAUCCACUGUGACCACCUGAUUGAGGCGCAGAUCGGAGGGGUCGAGGAUCUAAAGAGGGCCAAGGAAGUGAAUCAGGAGGUUUACAACUUCCUGGCGACAGCUGGAGCCAAAUAUGGAGUUGGCUUCUGGAAACCAGGCUCUGGAAUCAUUCACCAGAUAAUUCUAGAGAACUAUGCCUACCCAGGAGUCCUGCUCAUUGGCACAGACUCCCAUACACCUAAUGGGGGCGGCCUGGGCUCCAUCUGCAUCGGAGUGGGUGGCGCUGAUGCUGUCGACGUCAUGGCUGGUAUCCCAUGGGAGCUCAAGUGUCCCAAUGUGAUUGGAGUAAAGCUGACUGGUAGUCUAUCGGGCUGGACCUCUCCCAAGGAUGUUAUCUUGAAGGUGGCUGGUAUCCUGACAGUGAAGGGGGGCACUGGAGCCAUCGUGGAGUACCAUGGCCCAGGCGUUGACUCCAUUUCCUGCACCGGUAUGGCAACUAUCUGCAACAUGGGAGCUGAAAUUGGGGCCACCACCUCUGUUUUCCCCUACAACCACCGCAUGAAGACUUACCUGAAUAAGACUGGACGUGCAGACAUCGCUGCCCUGGCUGACGAACAUAAGGAUGACUUGGUCCCUGACAAAGGCUGCAAGUACGACCAUGUCAUUGAGAUCAACUUGAGUGAGCUGAAGCCCCAUAUCAACGGGCCCUUCACUCCUGACCUAGCCCACCCAGUGUCUGAGAUUGGUGCUGUGGCUGAAAAGAACGGCUGGCCCUUGGAGGUCAAAGUGGGUCUGAUUGGCAGCUGCACCAACUCCAGCUAUGAGGACAUGGGCCGCGCUGCUUCCCUGGCCAAGCAGGCCCUAGACAAAGGCCUGAAGUGCAAGGCUGCGUUUACAGUCACCCCCGGCUCUGAGCAGAUCCGCGCCACCAUCGAGAGGGAUGGCUUUUCUAAGAUCCUGAGGGAUGUGGGUGGAGUGGUCCUUGCUAAUGCUUGUGGACCCUGCAUUGGCCAGUGGGACAGGAAGGAUGUGAAGAUGGGGGAGAAGAACACUAUCGUCACCUCCUACAACAGGAACUUCACUUCCAGGAAUGAUGCCAACCCUGCCACUCAUGCUUUCGUCACAUCUCCUGAGAUUGUCACAGCCUUGGCCAUCGCUGGUACCCUGAAAUUCGAUCCUGAGACUGACUACCUCACCGCGGCCAAUGGUGAGAAAUUCAAGUUGGAGCCACCCAAUGGCGAUGAGCUGCCUGCCCGUGACUUUGACCCCGGCCAGGACACCUACCAACACCCCCCUGCCGAGAGCGGCUCCGUUAUGGUGGACGUCAGCCCCACCAGCACCCGCCUGCAGCUGCUGGAGCCCUUUGACAAGUGGAACGGCAAGGACCUUGAGGACCUGCAAGUGCUGAUCAAGGUGAAAGGCAAGUGCACCACAGACCACAUCAGCGCUGCUGGCCCCUGGCUCAAGUUUCGCGGUCACCUCGACAACAUCUCCAACAACAUGCUCAUCGGAGCAAUCAACAUCGAGAACGACGCGGUCAACAAGAUCAAGAACCGGCUGACGGGAGAGUACGGGGGCGUGCCUGACGUGGCUCGCCACUACAAGGCUAACGGUCUGUCGUGGGUGGUUGUGGGGGAUGACAACUACGGGGAGGGCUCGAGCAGAGAGCAUGCAGCCCUGGAGCCCAGACACCUGGGAGGCAGGGUCAUCCUCGUCAAGAGCUUCGCCAGGAUCCACGAGACCAACCUGAAGAAGCAGGGCAUGCUGCCCUUGACCUUUGCCGACCCCACCGACUAUGACAAAAUCCGCCCCGAUGACAAGCUCUCCAUCAUGGGCCUCGCAACCUUUGCCCCCGGCAAGCCCCUGAAGGGAGUGGUGAAGCACGGUGACGGCAGCCAGGACAUAAUCACCCUGAACCACACCUUCAACGAGAACCAGGUCGAGUGGUUCCACGCCGGCAGCGCCCUCAACAGGAUGAAGGAGCUUCAGUAACUGAAGGGACCCAGGGGGGUCCGGAGGGGCAGAGGAGCACAGAGAGAGGCGGGCCUGGAGGGGGAGGGGGGGGGUGCACAGAGGUGGGAAAUGGGCGGUAGCAGCCUGCCUAGCGUAACCACACCCCAUGCCGCUGUACAGAUGAAAUACUUGCGCACACAUACAGGAUUACUGUCAAAGCUCUCCCCACAGACAGGUAGAGCUGUAUACGCACACACAAACUCUGACAUAACACACACAAGAACCCUUGUUUUUGUUUCAGCAUAGCAUUUAAGUGUUCCCGUUCUAGGCAGCACUGCUCUUGUUGGCAGUACUCCGUUUGUGUAGAAAUCACAUUUGUCACGCUUCUUGCCAUUGACUGUAGUGCGGCAGUAUUCAAUUCAUUCUUACCUCACAAACACACUGCUAGCUCUCCAUAUCUGGUCUGUAGCUUGAAUCCUGCUCACAUUCCUUUCCCUGUCAUAGUUGUUGUGUUAAGCUGUGUACCUGGACCUCCACUUGUUUCCUCCAACACAGACAGAGCUGGUUAACCCAGUUGCACAUUUUAAUUCACUGAAUGUAUCCUUCUCAUUCCCAGGAUUUGCAACUCUUGUUAGUUCGAUAUUACUGCUAGUGAAGAUGAAUGUGAAUAUUUGUUUAGUUAAGUCCACCAUAGUUCUAGUGGGCCUCAGGAGCUGCACAUUUUUCCUGUGACUGACCUGAAUUGAUCUGUUUUAGUCAUUGAUUAGAGAGCAAGUAGGCUAACCUGGUUACCCAGGCCUAAUAACUGUUCACAGAGUAGAUUAAAGGCAUCAAUGGAACCAUUAGAUUAUGUGGCCCCAGGACCAGGUUGUAGUGACAAGGUCAAUCCUUCUACAGAGUGUAGUGUAAUCAUGUACUUUUUUUUGUAGGGUUUUCCUUUUCUGGCGUUUCUCUUAACCCAUGGAAUUUGGGGUACCGUUGGUCACUCCUUUGGAUUCCACACUUUAAAUCUCUACUGCUGUUUUCUCCACAUGCUCCAUUUGUUUCUACUUGAGGGCUAUUGCAUGAAGUUAUAUUAGAUCCUAGCAGCCCUUUUCUGUGUGUCUUUGUAGGUGGGAGUAAAAUGCUACAGACUGCUGUGUUGUACUAGUCUUGCCAUUACUUUCCAUGUGCGUGUCCAUAUAUGUUAGCUAGCUAAUCAGACCAUUGCCUGUCCAUAUCCCUGUCUGGCUUUGUACUGCUCCUCUGUCCUUGCUAAUACCAGAGCUCCACGCACAGCUUGAGGGACCUCUUCUUACAAAAUGAACGCACAAUCUAGUUUCCAGACUGCUGUACCAUAGCGCUAUAUGUAGUAGUAUUGUAGACACUCAUCCACGCUUUCACUUAUACAUCGCAAAUGCUGCACUCCAUAGCAUCUUCAAGCAAGGAUGUGAUUUUUAAUUUGAAAUAACAGGAUACAAUGACAAAUGUAAUUUGAGAAAUGUAUACCAUUAUCUGAUUCAAGUUAUUACAUUUGGCUAAAACUCUUGCCAUUUUGUAUCUACAUUUUGCCACUUAAAUGGUACAUUGUGUGUUUGAGGAUAUUGCAGCUAAGUCUUUAAGUGUGACUGUUUUAAGUUGGCUUUGGGGGGGCCAUGACCACCUAUUCAUUGCAUUUGUUGUCUUGUCACUAAGGACUAAUUUACUUUAAAGUAAGUUAUAAUCAAAGUAUUCAUGGGAUUACUUUGGAUUGGCUACUUCCAUUAAAUCCUUUGGUCAUGGAGCCAAGAUGAUUAAUGUUGCUAUCAAAUCAACAUUUAUUUUCAUGUCAGUUUAUUUUGCUUGUCAGUGAUGAACUGAAGAGCUAACUGUCUCAGUUUUUGUAGUUGCAGUAGGGUGUAAUGAAAGUAGAAAUGCAAUGCCUAUUUUUGUCCACUAGCAUAUUGACUUCAGUGACAAUAUAUUCAGAUGAAUGGCAAUAGCUCUGUCAAACCCAAAUGUAUUUAAAGGAACUUGUUUUGGGCCUGUGUGUAAAUGUGAUAUAGAGGUGUACAUAUGCACUAUAUUAUAAAAUGGAGAGAGGGUGGGCAGUAGCUGCCUGGUUGAAUGCAGAGCCUUUCGUUCUCUGAUAAAUCCACUGUAUCAAACUAAUCAUUUAAUCUCCCAUCAAUUAUCUUUUGUUAAUCUGAAGCCUAAAAUAGUUUUUCCAUUCCCCCCUCUCCAAUCUAAGGGUUUCACAACUUGUCAAACUAAUUAACAGGUGGUUGGAGGUUUUUAAAUGAAAGGUCAAUUAUUGUUGAAGCAUUAAAGUAGGGUUGUACUGUACGUCUCAAUGUUUUGUCGCUCUUGGACCUGUGCUGUACAGUGGUCCGUCUUUGUGUUGCACCCAGGUGAAUGUUGGAGUUGUCAAUGUAAAGGGAGAGACUGGUCAGGUGAGACAUGCCUAGGUUUUGUUUUAAAGGUAUUUGAUGCAGAUGAAGGAACCCCUGAUUUGAAACAGGAUUGGCUCCAGAUCGUUGCAACUUUAACCCAUGUUGUAUGCGGUUUAGAGCACAUUAACACAUUAACCAACUUGUUAUACUAAUUCGGUAUUUGCUUAACCUUAGCAAAGUUAACAUAUUGCUGAUGAAUUCUCUGGUCUGUCUACUGAAGUUAAUCGCCAAAGAUGCCUCAUGAAAAUGCUCCAUUACAUACUAAAACAAACAUAAGUGUUGUUACAAAGGUUUGCCAUUCUGUUUAAUUUCUUCAUGUCUAUGAACCCCAUGUUUGAGUAUGAAGAUGACCAGUGUAAUGCCAGCAGCAUUUAAGUUUGUUAGUUGUGUGGCUUUUAAAAAUAAUUCAUACAGUCUUAAAUUCCCAAGUAUUUAAUGCAGUCUCUAAAUGGAACCAUUCCUUUGCAUUGUAAUUCAUAAGAAUAACAGCCACCCGUGAAGCAGUAUACAAUAUGUUGAUCCCUGGUUUAAAUCGGAGUUUCUGAAAUGCUACUGUGACAAAGUAAACGCUUAGUUGUACUCUUUAAGUUGUCUUCAGGAAAUCCAAAUCCUGAACUGCUUUGUUUUAUUGGCCUAGCUAUUUAUUUUCCAUUUAGAAACACUGUCAAUGAUUGACUUAAUAAGAAUGCAAAUUUUGUUCAGACACUGCAAACAAUUUAAAUGUAGAAACCCAUUGACAGGUUUUAUUUAAUGUAAUCUCAAGUGGUGAAUUCCACUUCAUGGAUUUUCUGUAUUUGUUUUGAUUUUAAAGUUGGUUUUGUAUUAGGUGAUUUGAAUGCUUGCAGUUUCAUAGCGUGCAAGAUUUAAAAAGAGAUUUUAGGAUAUUUCAUGUGGUAAAUUAAUAUUUAAUAAAGAUGAAUAAAAUCUUU